AUGUUUAUUGGGUCAUUUCUUUCAGGAAGUAUCCCAUUAGCAUUUCACUUGUCUGAAGAUAGAUUACGAAUAAUUUCAGUGUUUGGUGUUGGUCUUUUAGUUGGUGCGGCACUGAUCGUCAUCAUACCUGAAGGAAUUGAACAAUUGUAUAAAGUACAACCGGACGAUCAAAGCGGUAUUCCACCUAGCAAUGACUUUAUAAGCAUGGCCGACAACACUCUCGAAAAACGUAGCUGGUGGGACAAUAAAUUAAAACGUAGCGGAUUAAGUUUAAAUAGUAUACCAGAAGAACGAGACCAAGAUAAUGAGCCACUAGACCCUCCUAAUGGUAAAGAUCCAAAAAAUCCAGAGAAAGAUCUCCCGGAUAUGGAUCAUGGCCAUGGGAAAGAAAAUAUAAAUCAUCUUUAUGUUGGUAUUGCUUUAAUAACAGGGUUUGCGAUAAUGUUUGUGAUUGAUCAAAUAGAUACCUCACAUGGUCAUUCUCAUACUCGUGUUAGUGUUGUUAGUCUAACAGAGCUUCGUUCGUUAUCAAAUGGUAAUGAGCGAGACGAUGAUUCACAUGAGAUAUUGGGAUCUUCAACUAUACACAAGAAACCCGUAUCUGCUACGAUUGGUCUUGUAAUACAUGCCGCUGCUGAUGGAAUUGCCUUGGGCGCAUCUGCAAAAGAACCAACAUUAGAAUUUAUUGUGUUUUUGGCAAUAAUGCUUCAUAAAGCACCAGCAGCCUUUGGAUUAGCUACAGUUUUACUACGCGAUGGAUAUACCCGUCGACAGAUUCGAAAACACUUGAUCAUUUUUUCUUUGGCCGCACCAUUUGCAGCAUUAUUAACAUAUGCAUUCCUUCAAAGGAGUGGUGAAUUAGAUCCAAAUGGAAUGAAAUGGUGGACUGCAAUGUUAUUACUCUUUUCAGGAGGUUCAUUCUUAUAUGUGGCAAUGCAUGUAAUGCAAGACGUUAUAAAAGAUCAUAAUAAUAAUCUUAAUGGACACAAUGUUGGCAAAUUAACAAAAUCGCAUGUUGGCUUUGUAUUGUUGGGAAUGUUUCUACCAUUGUUAUUGCAAUUCGAACAUGGACACGGACAUUGA